AUGACUUUCUGGGGUUGUUUGGAUGAUUUGGUUCGGAGUAUUACUCUAGAUCAAUUUUUAUUUGUUGGUGGUGAUUUUAAUGGUCAUAUUGGUGCGAGAGCAGAUGGGUAUCAAGGUGUUCAUGGUGGGUUUGGUUAUGGUGUUAGAAAUGACAAUUGUUCGACGCUUUUGGAAUUUACAACAGCACAUGAUUUAGUGAUUGUUAACUCUUGUUUCCGCAAGCGUGAUGAUAAUCUAAUUACUUUUAGGAGUGGGGGACAUGCCACUCAAAUUGAUUAUCUUCUUAUUCGCAGUAGAGAUUUUAGAUUUUGUUCAUAUUGUAAGGUUUUUCCAGUGGAAGCUUGUGCUUCACAGCACCGUCUUUUAGUCAUGGAUUUGUCUUUGGAUGGCCCACCUAUGGAGGGAUUGAGAGUUGUUACACCUCGAAUUCUGUGGCGUAAUUUACAUGGAUCGAAAGUAGCAUAA